AAUGAACAGUGCAACAGACAAUCCAAUCGUUUUUCCUGAGCGUGGGGAGAUCCUAUCUGGAGGUAACUUCCAUGGUGAAUAUCCAGCCAAAGUAUUGGAUUAUUUGGCCAUAGCUGUACAUGAGCUUGCCAGUAUGAGUGAAAGACGACUAGAGAGACUUGUGAAUCCAGCCUACAGUGAACUCCCAGCAUUCCUUGUCAAAGAUGGUGGCCUUAAUUCCGGCUUCAUGGUGGCGCAUUGUACAGCAGCUUCACUUGUGUCUGAAAACAAGGUACUGACACACCCAUCAUCAGUUGAUUCCCUUUCUACAAGUGCCGGAACAGAGGAUCAUGUUUCCAUGGGUGGGUUUGCUGCUCGGAAAGCACUUCAGGUUGUGGAACAUGUUGAACAAGUUAUUGCAAUUGAAUUAUUGGCUGCCUGUCAAGGUAUUGAAUUUCUCAGACCCUUGCAGACUACCGAGCCUUUAGAAGCACUUCAUAAAUUAGUACGCUCACACGUAAAGUAAGUAUAUAUCAC